AUGUAGUAAUUACUGUAUUUAUGAAUUUAGCACCAAAAUAUCAUGAUGUUUUGAGAACAUUGACUACAAAAAUGCGUUGGAUAAUCCAGAACGUUGGAUAAGCGAGUGUUGGAUAAGUGAGACUCUACUGUAAUAAUAAUUUAUUUUUCUAUCCCGCCACCGUCUCCCUGAAGGAACUUGGGGAGGCUAACAUGGGGCCAAGCCCAAACAGAAACAAAACGACAAAUAAAACCAAUAUCAAACAUAAUAUUCCAAUACAGUAAACAAGUUAAAAGCACAAAAUACAGAAUACAAAAAAACCAAGUAGGGAAGAUAAUAAAACAAACAUCACCAUCAAUAGAUAAAAUGGGGGCCAUCAGGUCAAAAAGUGCAUUGUUUGUUUCAGGAUCUUUAAUAAAGUGCAUUGACAAGUGUGAGAAAGUUUCUUGAGUUAAUUUGGAUUAGGAAAGAUAGGGGAGAAGCUAAAGUGCAAGGAAUCAGUAUGUCAGUGAGAGGGGUCUACCAUAUAAGCUUAAAUGUUUAAAAGUUUAACCUGACAAGAAAUGUACCAUGUCAUUUUAGCGAAGUCUACUUGAAUCUUUGUCUGCUGCUAUAUAAUCCAGGUUAUCAAAGCAGAUAAUCCAUAUUAUCUGCUUUGAAUUGGAUUAUAUGAGUCUACACUGCCAUAUAAUCCAGUCCAAAGCAAAUAAUCUAUAUUUUAUAUGGAAGUGUAGAAGGGGCCUAAAAUAAAGAAUCAAACUGCAUUGUCAGCCUUCUUCCAUCAUAUUUAAAAGCCUGCCCCUUUAAAUCCCCCUCCUCUGAUCCUCGCCUCAAAUGGCGGCCUUCUAAACGGCGCCACCAAAUAUCUGCCCUCACUCAAAAUGGCUACCGCCCUCGACGCCUUCCUUGUUUUCUUCUCUUUUUCUCACUCACCCCGCCUUUUUUUCUUUCAGCUUUGCCCUGAGCCAAGAUGGCAGCUUUCCCAACUUCACCGGCACCUUCGCCCUUAAUAAAGAAGGCGGCCGCAAGAUGCUUUUCUUCCAACGCUAAACAAGCCCGCGAGCCGCCUUUGCCCUUCAUCGUGAUGGCGGCGGUUUUGGCCACGCGACCUCGAAAUAGAGCCCGCGCGCUGAUUGGCUGGGAGGGAAAACAAGCCGCACCGCCAUUGGCUGGUGUGGAUCACGAAAGGAAUCGGAUAGCGUCGAGGUGUUAGUCAGAGAAGGGCAAGGAGGGAGGAGGAAGAGGGAGCUAAUUGAAACGUGAGGAAUGAGAAUUUGGUGGACCAUACCAGGGCGGCCACCAAAUUUCCAAUCCUGAGGAGGAUUGAGAUCUGCCAUGGAGUGUCCAUUGCUUGAAGGAACGUCAGAAGAGGAGACUCAACUAAUGUGUGCUUUCAAGAGGCAUGUCAGACGACGAAAAGUUUUCAUAUACAGGCCUGCUGCUGAGGAGCAGGAGUCCCCUUCCCUGCGGCAGACUCCUUUUGAGAGAGACGGAGCACCUCUCCUCCCUUGCGGAGAUGCAGAGUGGUCACCCACCAAGAGGCAACGGCUUCAGAAGGGCUUACCUUCGAUGGUGGAAACAAAUGGGAGCCCUUGCCAUAGGGCAGAGGAUUGCUUGUGGCACGUGGCGUCUCCCAUGGAGAAGAAGCAGCGGAAGGUGUUGGCGGUAGACCUGGAAGACCUUUCAACAACCCAAGUGCCUGAGGAUCCACAAAGGUGCUCACCUCUUCAAAAACCUGUCAUAUCACCCUGUAUAAAUUCCCACCAGUCAAUGAUCUUGAAGGAAGAUAGAGCUUCCUGCUCAGCAAAGGGCCAAAGUAGUACCACAUGCAGUCCAACGUCUCCUAAGGAGGUCCCCCUACCGCAUGAGGACCCUCAAGAGAAGUUGACUCAUGUGUGCCGACAACUGUGGGCCCAGAGAUUGUCUCCUCUUCAGUGCCAUGAGUCGGACCGCCUGCAAGCCAAAAGACAGCGCCUGCAGAAUGGCAUUUCCUUGGGCAAUGGGAAUGAGGGGAUGAAAGCUGUCAGUAUGGAGGGCUCUCCUUUGAUCCAAGUGUUGGAUGCCGGCGCUGGCAUGGAGCAGCUGGAGACCUCCCUACCCCCCUGUCGGAACGACCGUCCAGUGUUGCAUAGCCAAUCUCUUCCUUCCCGUGUGGAAAAGCCGUGUGAACACACACAUCAGACAGAUGUCUCACCAGAAACCGCCGAAGUGCCUUCUUCUUGGCCGCCUGCCACGUCAACCCUCUUGCGUCCUUCAGUGAUCCCACGUUUCCGACACUGGGGCCUGGUUCCCGUUUUCCAGAGCGUGCGUUCAAAACUGGAGGCCUUCACCGAGAUCUUCCUGAGCCCAUCCAAACCUGCCCUUCCGUCCACUAAGGAAACACCCUCCUUGCCGCUGAGCCUACAGACAAAUGAUGACCAGACAGCAUCCCAUCCAGAAAGCCCACAGAGAGGAGUCAACAUUGAGGUGAAAAUUGCCAUUUCAGAACCUCGUCCCCGGAAGAGAAGCUGUCAUCAAGAAGAGGAGGAGGAGGAGAUGGGUAGCAUGGUGGUGAGUGGGCGGCCACCUAUCCGCCAGUGGCGCCUGAAUGAGGGGGAUCCAACUCCUCAGCCCCGUCUUGGACGCAGCUAUUCUUGCCCGGAUUUCCCCAGGGCCUGCUCCUGGCAAGCCUCCCUGGUGGCCAUGUCUCCUUCCUCGCAGCUGCGACAGCGACGACACACUGUCUGCAGUCUGGAAGUAUCCCGAGAGCUGGGCCAUCACACGCUGCCCUGCCUUCGCAAAGAGGUGUACCCAUUCAGUACACCUCCUCCGCGAUUCUUGAUGCAUUCGUCCAAUACUGAUAGCACCUCGUAUUGCUCUCCUAUGCCGUCCUGCUGCCGAGAUUCCAAUCCAGCUCAUUCCAGGGACCUCUCCACAUCUCCAGAUGGUGGACAGAGGGUGCCUGGCAUUGGCCUGGAUGUAGAUGUAGAUGACACUGAGUUGGCAACGUCAGAGCAGAUGAUGCUUUCAGAGGAUGAAAUGAAGGUUUCACAGGACAACACCACAGGGAAGGUGUCUUGCAUCAGAAUCCGCAAGACGCCAGCUAGGCAGCAAGCAAAUCUCACUCCAAUGGGACUUCCCCGGCCUGUCAGGCUGAACAAGAAAGAAUUCAGUCUGGAAGAGAUUUACACAAACAAGAACUACCGCACACCUACAGAGAAAAAGUCGUUUGAGACCAUCUUUGAAGUGCCGCUAGAACGCAACGGGGCCCUCAUCUUCACCAGCCAGCGCAAGCUGAAGCGGGCUGUGGAGUUUCGAGAGGGCGGCCUUCCCCGCAAGCAGCGCAAAGCCCGCACUCGAGGGGGGCGUAAGGCCGGAGGACGGAGGGCUCAACCCCAGCGCCCUGAGUUGGAAGAGCAGCUACAGCAGCGGCUGGCAGAGCUGGAUGCCCUGUUUGGGGAAGAAGAGAGCUGAGCAGAGCCAUUCUCUAAGUAGAGGAAGGGGGUUAUAUUCCUGGAAGCUCUUCUCCCUCCCUCAUCCCAGAGGGGUUGUUUGCAUCUCAAACCACCAACCCACCAUUUAACCACUCCAGGCUUCUCCUGUGGCCUCCUUCAUUCUCAACUUUCCCAGACAAAUUGAUCUCUGGUGCUUGUGGCUGCCACUUUGUCCUCUAUCUAGGUAGCCGUAACACUCCAUGGAGGUGGUUGCUCUGAAAAUACCACGGACAAUCACCAUGCUGCCUGUGCUGGCAUCAUAUCACCCAAAGUGAGCAAUAUUUGCAGUGUCCAAAAGUCACCUGUUCUCUGCAUUCCGCUACUUGCGCACAACCUGACCAUUGGUGCCUUGCAUGGAGUAUUGAUCUAAUGCUGUCUGAUAUAGUUCCAUCCUUUAGAGACUUGGACCAUCAAAGGAUGAGCUCAACUCCAUGAGAAACAUGUCUCUGUGCUUUCCGCCAAAAAACAAAAAACCAAAUGCAGAAAGUAGAAGCCCAAAGAAAUGGACUAAAUAGCAAAUGGUCUGCUGAAAAGGAAGCAACUGUGUGCUUAUUUUACGGAGCAGAUGAUGUGCAGAGUAAAACCAGAGCUUGAAAACAUUACCUCUUUGGAGUACAGCUCCUAGAAUCCUCCAGCCUUCAUGGCGGCAAUUCUAGGAGUUAUAAUUCAAAAGAAUAAUGUUUUACACCCCAGAAGGUGUAUAAAGAGGCCAGGAAAAAGGGCCUGUGUCCUUACUCAUUGUUAAAACAUGGGCAGUCCAUAAAUUGAAUAGAUUGAAGUCCAUCAGGCUUUGAUCACUUUGCUUUGAUCACUUUGUUUGGACUGUUCAGUUAAGCAUGAAGGGUGUUCAUUUGUUUGCAUUUUUGUAUUAAGCUAUAUUUCUAAUAAACGUUACAGCUUGGGGGGGGAAA